AUGACACCAUUACUGAACCACGCCCCUGUAUCUAUGGGCAAAGAUUCCGAGAGUAUUCCGAAGAAGCACUACGAUGGUGUCCACUUUCGGCCGACGCGAUCCUCUAACGACACGUGGUUCGGGCCCUCAUCGCUUUACUCGUUCAUCCAUCGUCUUGCCGCGUUCCUUGAUUUCAAAUUGCAAAAAGAGCACCCUAUCCAUGAACUGCACCCUGUGUCAGCCAGCGAUCACAAGCUACUGAAUAUGCCAGAAGCGAGCUUACUUGGACACACAAGGCGUUCUUGGGCGCCCCUGGCCCAGGAUGUUCCCUCCGCAGGUGUUUAUCUCAGUCUCAUACAAGAAGACUAUUUUAUCAACUUGUUCUGGCAGACCUACCAUACCUCGCUUUUUGCAAUCGUGGACGAGACACAAUUCAAGACGCAUUAUCAGUCCCUUCUGGUGGGCGGCAGCGAAGACCGGAAGCCCUCAGCCCUAGUCGACAUUAUGAUUGCUAUGUGCAUGCAAUAUGCAACCUGUACGAUACCUACAGAGACUCAAGGGGUUCUCGUUGAAGGCAAAGAUGCGCUAGUUGCUGGUCGGUGGCACUACUGGCGGGGGCAAAAAUUGCUUGCUUGCGAGCUUGACAGCCCCUCUUUGUCAACACUACAAUGCCAUCUGCUCUGUGCAGUCUACAUAUGCGGCGGGUCGUUCCAUAACAUGAUGGACAGUACCGUGGGGCUUGCUGUACGCACUGCUUAUAUGCUUGGUCUUCAUAUAGACCCACCGCCGACAAUGCCCGAAAAGGAUCGCGAGAUGCGCAGGCGCCUGUGGUGGGCGGUUUACCUCAUGGACAGUAAAGCUGGAAUGAAGCUUGGCCGUCCAUUCAUGUUGUCUACCUCCUACUCCAUGCCACACCUCCCCGGAGAUACACAAGAAGCCGCUGCUGGCUCUGGGUCCAUUCUUGCCCCUCUCGGACAAAACUCUACCUGGCUGAGCUACAAUCUACUCUCAGUCCAGCUUUAUAUGAAGGUACGGAAUGCCUACACCGCUUUUUAUGACCAGGACAUUCAUCUUCGAGAAGGCGGGACGUUAUGGGCUACAUAUGAAGCCCAAAACUUCAGUGCGACGGUUUUGAAAGCACAUACCCAGAGCCUUCACGAAUGGAUUGCCAGUAUCCCAGAACCUCUGAAAUUGAAGCGUCAAAAUAACGGUCAUUCCAUGUCCACCGAGUUCACCUCUGUAUUACUUGAGCCUUUCACCCCACCUUGGCUGCAGCGGCAGCGCUUGCUCCUCGAACAGACAUAUCAUCACCUCAGCCUGAAUCUUUUUCGACCGUUUCUCGCCUUCAGCAUGAAACCACCUGCUGAGUCAAUUGCAGAGGAACUCGCCAUGAGAUGUGCUUCUCAUGCAAUAAUGCUGACAAUGAUCACACACCAGGCGCUAACAGAGUCUUCGCUUCUUGACGGCUGGCAUGAGGCCUUCUAUUGCCAGUGGAAUGCGGUCAUGACCAUGGUUGGAUUCGUGACAUUGUUUCCACAUUCAGCAAUAACCAAACAUGCCAACGAUGCAAUCGAACUAGCUAUCUUGGUUUUCGACAACUUUGGUGUCAAAUUCCUUGUCGCAGCAAAUACAGCCCGGAUCGUCCGUGAUUUAUACGCCAACAUAGCGGCCUUUGCAAAACCCAGUCAGCCUAAUUGCAAUGCUGCAAUUGUCCCUGAAGACUUUUCCUCAUCAUCGGUGUCUGUUGGCCAUGCACUUUCAUCUCAGAACCUUUCUGGUGCACCGUUAUUCAACCUGCUUGAUAUGGCUGUCGAUCUUGACUUCUGGAAUAGCGUUGACUCACUAUGGCCCAGUCUUGACAUGUUAUCAUACGAGUAG